UUUAUUAAAAAAGACUGCUCUCAUGCUGAAAGAGGACAAAAUAUUCUCUUUCGUUUCAAAGAUUAUGAUGGAUAUAUUGAAUUAAAGUUUGAUGCUCCACAAGAUGAGCCAUUCACUGGUUGGAGUAUUAAGCCUCACCUUAAGCCUUGUAGAUUUCUACGUUGUGAUGUUGAUAAGUUUGGUGAAGCUAAUUAUCCACUUCCUUCCACUUGUCUAAUAUCAGUAUAUGGGUCACCUGGUGCUGUACCAUCAUUGCACUAUUCUAUACCACUGGAUGGAGUGGCUGAUCCUAAGACAUUAUUCAUUCACCGAUCACUGAGAACUACUCCUUCAUUAACAAAUGAGUCAACGUCAGUACCUGAAACUAGUUCAUUUACAUCUGAAAUUGCUCAUAGAGUAAUGACAGAAUGUACUACAAUAAUAAAGAGUUGUGGGAUCAAUAUUCACUUCUUGGUUGACAAGUUGUUGGAGCACAAUAUUAUCAAUGCAAGAGAGAAAAGAGAAAUAACUGAUGGCUACACUAAACAAACUGCUGGUGAAAGAAUGGAUGAAUUGCUUCACAUCAUUUCAAGCUCUAUUAGUAUGGAUGGAAAAGUAUUUGGGAUAUUUUUAGAUAUACUCAGAAAGGAAGGUACUCUAAGAACUAUUGGACUAGCUGAUAAACUAAUGGAUAAAUAUAAAUCAAUAUAGAUGUUUUAUUCUUAUUAUUUUGUUGAUUUAUACAUUGU